GUUAAACGUUCGGCAAUACUGUUGCUACACCAGUCCGCUGUGUUACACGCUUUGCCAGAGCCUGCAACGCGAGGAGCACCUGACAACAGCACCGUCCGCCACCGUCAACAUGUCAUCACCCCUGGAAAGCAAAGCUCCAGACUCUAGUAGCCUCGGCUGCGCAGAAAUUGGCACCUGCAGUCGCGCAAGUCAAAAAGGUCUCACGAAUUUUCGCAGUCAUGGUGGUGUCCCUACGCACAAAGACAUGCGUGAGGAAGAGGACGUCUCUAACGCAACCGCUAAAAGUAUUCUUCUUGGCCUCAACUGGCUGGAUCGCUUCCUGACGCUUUUCAUCAUCCUCGCCAUGAUCAUCGGCGUAGUGAUAGGUGAAUUCGCGCCAAAUGUGAACAGCACGCUCAACAAAGGCAACCUCAAAGGUGUAUCCGCGCCGCUUGUCGUGGGUCUCAUCGUAAUGAUGUGGCCAAUCUUGACCAAGGUUCCAUACGAGCAGCUCCCGAAAACAUUCAAGAGCUCAAAAAUUUGGCUGCAAAUCUUGCUCUCGCUAAUUCUCAAUUGGGUCAUAGGCCCAUUUCUGAUGUUAGGAAUCGCCUGGGCAACGCUACCAGACCUAGAAGAGUACCGUAUUGGUAUCAUCAUGGUCGGCCUUGCGCGGUGUAUUGCUAUGGUGAUGAUAUGGAACAAGAUUGCGCGCGGCGAUGCCUCCGUCUGCGCAAUCCUAGUCAUCAUCAACUCGAUUCUUCAAAUAGUCCUUUAUGCACCCUUCAGCCUCUGGUUCGUUAACGUCAUCUCGGGAUCUCAGUCAUACAAACUCGACUACGGCGACACGGCGAUCUCUGUCCUCAUCUACUUGGGUAUACCGCUGAUUUCCGGCGUGCUCACACGUUUUCUCAUCAUCCGAACCGCAGGGCGGGCUUUCUUCGAGCGAAAGUUCUUGCACUUCUUCGGACCACUCUCACUCGUCGGUCUCUUAUACACCAUCAUCAUAAUUUUCGCAGAACAGGCUAAACAUAUCUUGCACAACCUGGGGCCGACGUUUCGCACGUUUGUGCCGUUGGUCUUAUACUUCGCCAUCAUGUGGACCCUGGCUUUCUUCCUCGUAUGGCACUUCAGCAAACGAUAUGGACACGAAAAUUGGGGAUACCAGAUGGCGGUCGUGCAAGCGUUCACAGCAGGCAGCAACAAUUUCGAGCUUGCCAUUGCUGUGUGCGUAUCUGUCUACGGAGCUGACUCGAAUCAGGCUUUGGCAGCAACAAUUGGCCCGCUAGUAGAGGUCCCUGUUCUUCUUGCGCUUUCCUGGAUAGCGCUCUACGCCGGUCAAAAGCUUCGAUGGUCCUCGGCUUCAAAAGAACAAGGGAUUGACCGAACUUCGCCCUAAUGGUCCUCUUCCGCACCGUCAUCUAUGCUAGAAUUGGAACUCUACCGCAAAACACCAUGCCCUAUUUCAAGUUCCAUAGAAAGAGCUGGGCAAAUGAGGUUGUCUCUGCUCGUCACUAUUUGUAGUACAUGCAGAGUUAGUCCAUUUGAAUGCUCGGCGCUUUGUUGCACAGCAUGUAUCGUCCAUCAUUGGCACGAUUUGCAGAGCAAAAUAGACAAUGUAGGCGAGGCGGAGAGGUGGUACAAUUUCAGACACCC